AUGUAGAAGACCUCAAAAUUUAUUUUGGAUCUGUACAACAUUUUGGAAGUAAUUUAGUAUUAUCUAAGGCAGUGUGAAGAUUUCGAUACAAUUAUCAAUUGGGCUGAUUGCUGCAAAAUGUUUUACAUCUCCGAUACCAAAAAAUUUGAAGAUAUUGUCAUGAAACAAUAUUUUAAAACCACAAAUAUUUAGUCAUUCUAUAGACAAUUAAGAAUAUAUGGGUUUAAAAUUAAAAGAAAUUCUAACUGUUAAAAAGUAUUUCAUCACAUAUAUUUUGCGAAAGGACAAUAAUAAAAUUUAUCUAAAAUUUAGAAGGGUAAGUCAUUAACAGACUAAAUAUAAGGAGAGAUGUAUAAUGUGAAUCAAACAAUGAAGGAAAAUAAAGAACUAAAAUAGUAACUUAAUUUGAUGAUAUAAUUCUAAAAAAGAUUAGUGAAACAAUUUGAGAUUCAUUAAACUAUUUAAAAAGCAAUCAUAGAUAAAAUGAUGAAGUUAAGCAAUCUGUUGUGCAAUGAAAGAAUUCAUCAGACAAUCCUAAGUGAAAAGAAGAUAGAGAAUUUUGUUAAUCUAAUAGACGGAUUUCAACCUGAAUUACUAGUAAGAAUAAUUAGAUUCUUAUUGAAAAGGAUUGAUCCAAAGACUCCAAUAAAUGAGAUUUAAUAUUCUCCUACUCCAUUUCCUUUUAAUGCUUAAAUAUGA